AUGCCUGGCCAAAAAUCUCAAGCUCCAUCCCCUCUGCAAUCGAUAGCUGCUGGUGCAGCCGCCGGGGGUGUUGAGAGUCUUGUCACAUAUCCAACUGAAUACAUAAAAACACGGAAGCAGUUGCUUGGUGCUUCAUCAGUAUCAUCAUUCCGACUGCUGACAACCGUAAUUAGAGAACAUGGAGUCGGGGUUCUGUAUACUGGCGCGGGAGCUUUUUGUAUUUCUAAUGCUUCAAAGUCGGCAGUGAGAUUUUUCACUUUUGAUGGCAUCAGAAACAGGCUUCCAAAAGAUACGAAUACAGGAAAGCCUACCAAGCUUUCCAACAUGAUCGCUGGAGUCGCAGCCGGGGUAGCUGAAAGCGUCACUGUUGUGACCCCAGGUGAAAGCAUCAAAACGAAAAUUGUAGAAGACAGGGCAGGAGCUCGCAAGUUUACGUCGACGGGGCACGUCAUCUGGUCUACGCUCCAGACCCAAGGGGCAAGAGGGCUAUACCGAGGUGUUGUACCGGUGACGUUAAAGCAAGGUUCCAACGCCCUUGUGAGGUUUACUUCUUACCAUGCACUUUUUGAUGUAAUCGAGCCAUACCUUGCACGGACAGGAUAUGGAACGUUUACAGCUCCGGCAGCAGGAGCUUUGGCAGGAAUUAUAACAGUCUACGCAACGAUGCCAUUUGAUACCAUUAAAACGAGAAUGCAAGGGCUGAGUGCAGGGAGCGGAAAGAUAGGCACGCUGCAAUUUCUCCGCUUGAUUUACCACGAAUCAGGUGUCACCGGCUUAUGGAAAGGAACUACACCCAGGUUAAUGAGACUGUCUGUGUCUGGAGCGCUGAGCUUUUCUAUUUAUCAACAUGUGCUGGAUCUUAUGAGGAGGGCUUCGAUAACUCAACAUCAGUCGAAGGAAGAAUUACUUAGCUGA